UUUGCCUUUGGCUGAAACCGAAAUACUUUUAGGCAUUAUGGGCCAUUCGCGGGUCGAGAAAAGCCCUGAUAGCUCUUCUGUUGUUGAACCGGUUGCCGAUGACAGUCACAAGCAGGCAAACCGCGACGAAAGCGACACCGAUACCGAAGAUGGAAAUGUAAUCAUUUCACGGGGGGAUAGAGAAACUGGAAUGAUCUUCCAAGGCAUAACCUGCGACUUGUCAGAGUACUUGGACGACGAUGGAGGUCGGAGCAAGUACCUUGACAUGAAUUUCGAAAUUCUUCGACCGGCCAAAAGCCUGUUCUGGUUGGCCGGUUAUGAUGAGUUGGUUGAAGCGAUUGACGACCCAGCCUAUGUUAUUCAGGACGAGAUUAGAGUCAUACCUCAAAGCACUGGUAUUGGGUUUCUUGUCGACCAAUAUUUUGAAGAGGGUAAAAUCCCCAGGGACUUCUAUCAUCGCUCACUCGGAUAUAAUUUCGGUCCUGGCGGACACAUGCCACCUGCGAUGACUACUACUAUUCCCUCAGCGAUCACUACCAGCGUAUCCUCACACAAAAUUGAGGACAUUUACCCGAUGAAGGAGGUGCACUUGCCCCGACUGGCCACUGCGACCAGAGAUUCGAACCCUGAUGGCCACUCCUCCUUUUGGACUGUUUCUCUGUCUUCGCGGCGGCGACGAAACAAACCGUGCUACUAGAGAAAGCGA